UCGCACUGAGCAGAGUCAGCGUUGUCUUGCCUGUGUUACCUUCUCUAGCCUACUUGAGAAAUUUACGCCACCCAAUAACAUUCACUUAUUUUUUUCAGUCGAGAAUGAAGGUCAUUUUUUGGGUCCUAUUAGGCGUACCGAAUACAUUGCAAUUAAAGAAUUCAAUUUAAUUUGGUUAGGUCUACCUGUAGUAGUUCUAGGUACGUUAAGGAACAGUGCAGGUGGUAACGUUGACUUGGAAAGGCUACGUUACCGUUAUCGACAACUUACUGUAUGAAACGGACAGUUUUUACAUUUCAUACUUAAUCCCAAAGUACCACUCAUUCACAAGCAAAGGAUGAAGAAGAAAGAGAGGGUGCAAAGAGAGAAAAGCGAGAAGGGAGUGGAAGGCAUUACUUCGAAAACAGCAGGACUGAAUUUUCAAGAGAGGUGUCCAGCCCAAAGCAUAGAAGAGUACCAGUGCACUGGUAAUCUGGAAGCGGACUUUCAUGAAGUCACGGCUCUUUUGGGCCUGAGUGAAAUCCCCACUGUAACACCUAGAUCCUCAGCCUUGUCACCAUCCAUGGAUAAGGGGAUCUCAGGAGAGAGCCAAACUCAGGGUCCUUGGUGUUCUAAGCGGCAGUUACUGGUAGACUUGGAGACCGAGGAUCCACGGAGUGCCAAAGCAGUCAAAGUCUUCGGGUGGAAGGUGGACGAGACCAUGACGAAGGCACUGAACAAGAUUUUACCAUCGCUGAACAAUCUACAGACACUGCACUUCUGGCAGGCGGACCUGACCACGCAUACUCUCCUCAGCCUGAAGGCCACCCUGCCCCUGUGCUACAACCUCAGGACAGUGGUGUUGGAGGGGAAUCCAAUGGCUGAGCACAGCUACCAUCUCCUAAUGUCUGAGGACGGCAAUAUAGCCCACCUAUCACUGCGCCACAAUCAGAUUGGAGAGGAAGGAGCACGUCUGAUUGGCUCAGCCCUCUCCACCACCCAAUCUGCCAACAAGAGCCUUGUUUCUCUCAACCUGGCCUUUAACUCCAUCGGUGAUGCAGGAGCCAAACACAUUGCACAGGGUCUACGCCUCAACCGCUCCUUGUUGUGUCUCUCUCUGGCUAAUAACCACAUAGGAGAUGCAGGGGCUGCUCUACUGGCAGAGAUUUUGAGCCCUUUCCCAUUGACCCAUGAGGAAGUUGUUGAAAGACGAAAGCUAAAGAUCCAGAGAGACCAGUCACCCUCUCUGGGUACUGAUCAGGCUCUCUCCAUCCCCAGUAGCAGCUCAGUAGAACAGAUUGUCAGCAAGGCGACCAAGACCUCAAGCAAGAAGAAGGAUAAGUCAUCAGCCAGCCAAACAGGGUCAGGCAAGAAGGAGGACCCAAAAAUGGCCAAGAAAAUGUCUGACACCAAAGUACAACGGAACCGACAGAAGCCCGAGACCAGAGACAGACAGCCACCUGUAAUGGAGACAGAGGACAAGAACAACUUGGGGCUAAAUAAGUCUGCUGAUGGUGGAGAGAUUGUGAGCUCCUUGCUGGACCCAGGUGUGCAGCACGUUGGCGGGAAAAUGAUUAUGCCAGGAAACACUGCCCUCACGUCCCUCAAUCUCACAGGGAAUCGCUUGACAGAGAGGUCCUUGGAGUGCUUCUGUUCCUCCCUGCAAGCCCAGGGCGAUGGAGCAGGCCUCAUGCAUCUCUGUCUCAAUAGAAACGCUUUCCCCCCCGACUGUAAGACCUUCCUGAAGAUCCAGGAACUAAUGGUCUUCAGAGAUCCUCUCAACAAAAGCUCCACCACUCAGGCCGAUGGACAAGGACUAGUCGAGUAGGGAUUUAAAAUAUGGCUCUUUUAUUUAAAAAAAAAAAAAAGAAAAAAAGAUUUGCUCUAAUUUCACACAUGUGCCCCACAUGUGUGGAGCCACGUAUGGCAUGUCAUCUCUGUCUUUGUCACAGUGGUGACCUCAUAUGUAAAGAGCUUACUUUUGUAAGCACAUGAAAUCUUAUGAGCCUAAUAUAAUUAUAUAUUUUCUUCUUUACUCAUAUUUUGCCUCUACCUGGACCUUGUAUAUUGUGAACUACACUAUCAAUAACCAUAUAUACUUGCGCCUGAGUAACAGAAUAGUUGAUCAGCAAACGGUAAAGGUAGACUUCUCAUUUUUAAAUUUGUACACUGUAAAAAAAAAAAACUUCCAAUGAAGUAUUUUGCUUAACAUGAUGAAUGUAUUGGAUGAAUAGCUUGUACCUGACAAAUAAAUUGUGAUGUUCUG